AUGGUGCUGAGUCCGGAUGAGGUCUUUGCCUUGGCCUGCUCGUGCAAGCGGCUCUACGCUGCCCUGCUCGGCUCCCGCUACGGGAGGUGCCUUGCCGAGGCCACACUCGGCUUUCAUGAGGCGAUGGCGCGCCGGGCGUGGGGAGGUGCUCGAGUGGCGCUUGGUCGAAUGGAGACGAAUGAGGCACGACAUGCGCUGGCUGGUCUUGCCAUCAUGCCUCUGAUCGCCUCUGGCGAUUCGGACGACGAUGGGUGGCGGGCGAUUGUGGAGGCGGUGGCAAGGGCGGGGAUCAAGACCGCGGUGCUUGAGAAUGACGAGCUGGGGAUCCGCGCCGGCAGGAGUGUGUACUGGGAGAUUAAGGAUGCUACUGUUGGUGCUGCAGCCAUGACGGCUGCAUUUGAGAUGGAGGACGUCGCCAUCACGCUGAUCCCGGUUGUGGACGACGAUGAGCGGGUGGUGAUGCUCGACCUUGCUGCUGAUCGAGGCUUGCUGCGCCUCCUGCACACUCUUCUCCUCCAGGAGCCGCCGAUUGAUGUUUGCGCCUCUGAUAGCUCCGCUCUGGUGUUGGCAGCAACGCGCGGCAACGUGCGUGCGGUGAAGCUGUUGAUGGACGACGGGCGCGUGGAUCCGGGCGCCGACGACUCGGCAGCGCUGCGCUGGUCGGCGAGCUUGGGCCACUUUGACGUGGUCCGGCUCCUCAUCGCCGAUCGGAGAACAGACUUGGCUGUCGAUGACAAUCUUGUCGUGACGGCGGCUGCCACUGCUGGGCGUGCAGACAUUGUGGCAGUGGUGCUUGCCUCGGACUCGCCGCGGGUUGAUCCGGCCGCCAACGAGAACGCAGCCCUCUGCUACGCCUGCGGUAAGGGCCACGCGCAGGUUGUGGCCUUCUUACUUGCUGACGAGCGUGUCGACGCCGCUGCCCGCAAUCAGAGCCCUAUCUGCUGGGCGGCGCAGCAUGGACACGCCGAAGUUGUGGUCCUGCUUCUGAGCGAUAGCCGAGUGGAUCCUGCAGCGCGCGAGGGCAUGCCGCUGCGCAAGGCGACGGAACGGGGCCACAAGGAGGUCGUCGCCCUACUUUGCUCCUGCUAG